UACAUAUAAGUCGUAUUGUCCUAAUUUAAAUUAGAUGAUACAAAAAUGUUGUGAUAAGUAUACGUAAGUGUUUAAAAUGGAAGCAACAUAUGAAAUUAUUUUUGAAGAUGUUACAAAAACAGUAGAAUCGAGUCCCAUCGAGACAUGGACAUUAAAUGAAACCCUAGUUGGACUGAUCCUGGUAUUAGUUCUAUAUCUGUCCUUAGUUUUAAAGAUUCUACCAACGUUUAUGAAACAUCACCAACCGUUUCAACUGAAUCGCUUACUGUCAAUUUACAACGCCGUCCAAGUUAUUUCAUCAGUCUAUAUAGUGUUUCUGUAUACAAAAUACGUCUUUCGACAUGGUGUAAUUACGACAAGAUGUCCGCAAGGCGAGGAUUUAAAAGACGUUAUCACUGACAUCCUUCCAUACUUCAUAGCGAAGCACGUAGAUCUAUUAGACACAAUAUUCUUCAUCCUACGCAAAAAGCAGAACCAAGUGACCUUUCUCCAUGUGUACCAUCACAGUGCAAUGGUGGGAUGGACCUGGUUCCACUAUAUGUAUCACCCAUGUGAUCACUUUGUGGUCGUUGGUCUAAUCAAUAGCUUCGUACAUGUCAUUAUGUACACUUACUAUUGGCUGGCUUCUUUGGGCCCGGAAUACGCUCGUUUCAUUUGGUGGAAGAAACAUCUAACUAAAGUGCAAUUGAUACAAUUCGUCUUGGUUAUAUCAAAUCUCUACUACCAGCAGAAGUUGAGUCCUUGUCCUCUUCCAGCCGCAUUCCACUACUAUUGCCUCUUCUGCAUCAGCUCUUUCUUCGUACUCUUUAUAAAUUUCUAUCUCCAAAGCUAUAGCAAAAGGCGUGUAUCUAAAUCUGCUAAACAGACAGUAAAAGAUGAUUAAAUUUAGUUAUUUAUUAAAGUUUCCCACAUUAUACAUAAUGCUAAUCUAUAGUAUAUGCAUCUUUAAUUCAUUUUAACAGAAAAUAUAUUUAAAAUAUAAUUAACUUUUUGCGUAUUAGCAAAAAAUCGCAAAACAGCGGAUUAAGUACGAGAUAGGCACAUUAACAUAACGAUGAAUAUAAAUAUUAUUAUAAAAUAACAACGCUAUACUUUUCUUCAAUUUGAUCCAGAAUAAUCCAGCUCCGCACAAUCACUGUAAAUUUAAACGAUUCUAGAAUUAUUUUAUAUUUGUGAUUUAAUUGUACAUUUGUUGUAUAUAUCGUGUAUUUGUUUUGAUGGUUUAAGUAAUAAAACCUUUUGUUUUUGUUUGUCUACCUAAUUUAGCUAACUCUAUAAUAUGUAAUUCUUUAACCACAUGACUGAUUGUAUAAUUGAAAUAAGAUGAUGGAAAUCUAUUCAUUACUGUCGACGAUAAAACAUGUAAAACUAAAAAUGCCCGUUAUUAGUAUACGUUGAAAUAAAUUUGUAAAUAUUAA